AUGCUGCUGAAACACUUGUUCUCCAAGCAAACAAAUCCUCAACUCACUCUACUCGCUUUCGUUAGAUCCACAACAACAGCAAUAAUACCUUCCAACAAUUCCCACGUGCCAUUUCGCCCCAACACCGUUGACCCUAUCUAUCUCAAGAACCGCCAAAUCAACGCUUUCAUCAAAUCUAGGAACCUAAAUUCAGCACUCGCAGUGUUCCACAGCACUUCCCUUCGUGAUGCCGUCACCUACAACUUACUCAUUUCAGGGCAUGCCACGUGUCAUGAUGGCUCACCGCCACGUGCUCUUCAUCUCUACGCCGAAAUGGGUUUGCUUGGAAUAACGGAAACCCCAACCACGUUCACAUCUGUUAUAUCUCUCUGUGCUAAUCAUGGGUUCUUCGGAGAAGGCCUUCAGGUUCAUUGCAAGGUUGUCAAGUUUGGUUUCUUGUCGAACGUGUUCGUUGGUGGCGCCCUUGUUGGGUUCUAUAUGAAUUUGGGGUUAUGUGGGGCUGCACUGGAGCUGUUUGACGAAUUGCCAGAGAGAAAUUUAGCUCUGUGGAAUGUGGUGCUGCGCGGGUUGUGUGAAUUGGGUUGUGUUGAUGAGUUGGUUGGGUUUUAUUACUCUUGGAUGUGGUUUGAAGGUGUGGAGCCGAAUGGGGUCACCUUUUGUUAUUUGCUUAGGGGGUGUGGUAUUGAGAGAAGGUUGCAUGAAGGGAUGAAGAUUCAAGGAAGAAUUUUGAAGAUGGGUUUGGUAGAAUCUAAUGUCUUUGUUGCUAAUGCUUUGGUGGAUUUUUACUCUGCUUGUGGGUGCUGGGUUGGUGCAAGGAAGUGUUUUGAGGCUAUACUAGUUGAGGAUGUCAUAUCUUGGAACUCGUUGGUUUGUGUUUAUGCAGAAAAUGAGUUGGUGUUUGAAGCUUUGAAACUGUUUAGUGUUAUGCAAUUCUGGGGGAAGAGGCCAUCUGUGCGUUCUAUGGUGGGGUUUUUGAAUUUGUGUAGUAGAAAUAAAGAUGUUGUAUUGGGGAAGCAGGUUCACUGUUGUGUUUUGAAAUUGGGUCUUGAUGAAAUGAGUGUGCAUGUUCAAUCUGCAUUGAUUGAUAUGUAUGGAAAAUGUAGUGAUCUUGAGAGUUCUGUAGCUGUGUUUGAAUGUCUCCCUGAGAGAACUUUGGAGUGUUGCAAUUCGUUGAUGACUUCCCUUUCUUACUGCGGUGCAAUUGAAGAUGUGGUGGAGUUGUUUUAUUUGAUGAUUGAUGAAGGUAUUAGGCCAGAUGAAGUAACCUUCUCUUCAACGCUGAAGGCAUUGUCGGUCUCUGCUUCAGCUAGCUUCACGAUAACUCAGUUAUUGCAUUGCUUUGCAUUAAAAUACGGACUCGAAGGAGAUGCUGCAGUGGCAUGCUCCCUAAUGGAUGCAUAUUCAAGAUGUGGCCAUGUGGAACAUUCUUGUGAGAUCUUUGAGGGUCUUAGUUCUCCAAAUGCUAUUUGUUUCACAUCUAUGAUCAAUGGAUAUGCCCGAAAUGGAAUGGGGGAAGAAGGACUUGCAGUGCUUCAGGCUAUGAUUGAGAAGGGCCUAAAACCAGAUAAAGUUACCUUUUUAUGUGCAUUAACAGGAUGCAAUCAUAAAGGGCUAGUUGAGGAGGGCAAAAUAGUUUUUGACUCCAUGAAAUCUCUUCAUGGGAUUCACCCCAAUCGCCAGCACUUUUCAUGCAUUGUAGAUCUUUUAUGCCGUGCUGGGCUCCUAUAUGAAGCUGAAGACUUGCUGCUACUCUCACCAGAAAAAAGCGAUUGUGUUAUGUGGAGCUCGUUGCUGCGAAGUUGCAGGGUCCAUGGGAAUGAAGAGGUUGGAACAAGAGCAGCGCAGGCUUUAGUCGAGCUAGGCUCCAAUAACCCUGCAGUGUUGUUGCAAGCUUCAAAUUUCUAUGCUGAGAUUGGGAAGUCUGAUGCCUCAAGAGAAAUCAGAGAGGUUGCUCUAGCAAGGAAGAUGAUAAGGGAGAUUGGACAUAGUUUAAUUGAGCUAAAAUAUUGA